AUGUGCCCGCCAAUGACCGACAAAAUGGAUAUGUCUUUGGAUAACAUCAUUAAGCUUAAUCAGAGCCAGCGAGGCUCUCAUGGUGGAGGCCGGUGUUGCAGCAACGCCGGCUCCCAGAGCGACCACCGAUGGUCCAUGCAGGCCUCCAUGCAGGGUAAUAGAGGUAUUGGGCCUCUGAGGAACUGGACCUGUGUCUCUGGCAGCACUACAGGCAGCAACAGGAACAGGCUGACUCCCUACAACAGGAAUAAACAACUUCCUGACAAGUGGCAGGAGGACCUCUUCCACAGAGGCUUCUGGGAUGAAGCCAGCAUGGAGAUGAGUGGAAAGCUGUUGGUGUCAAAACUUGACUGCAAGGUGUCAGAUGUGGAUAUUCAGGAACUCUUCGCAGAGUUUGGAACACUGAAAAAAUCUGCUGUGCACUACGAUCGCUCUGUACGAUGUUUAGGGAAAGCAGAUGUGCAUUUUGAACAGAAGGCAGAUGCCCUGAGGGCUAUGAAACAGUACAAUGGUGUCCCUUUAGAUGGGCAGCCUAUGAACAUUCAGCUCGUCUCAUCACGUAUUGACACGCCACGAAGACCUGCACAGAAAAUGAACAGAGGUGGCAUGACAAGAAACCGUGGCUCUUUGAGUUUUGGUGGUGGCGGCACCCAGAGAGGGACCCGUGGAGGGAGCCGUGAAAGAGAUAGAGGUACCAGCAGGAAUUCAAAGCAGCAGCUUUCUGUUGAGCAAUGGAUGCAGAGCCUGGGCUUGCCUAGUACCAAGGUACUAUAG